AUGCCGCCGUCGCAGCUCAAGCAGCUGAAAGCUUCUCUUCGCGAUACUGGAUUACUGGGUCCCCAGAAGUCCAAGAAGCAGAAGCGUCAAAAUGCGAAGACCGGUGCGAAUGCGCAAAACCGGGCCCAACGCGAGUCCGCCCUAAACGCUAUUCGAGAACGAUUCAAUCCCUUUGAGAUUAGAACGGUUUCCCGCGGCAAGUUCGAUGUGACUACACGAGAUGGCGGCGCCAAGUCAGCUUCAGGGAACUUUCGACCGGGAGUCACCAAGUCUCUUGGUGAAGAGAGGAGACGUCAAACCCUAUUGCAGGAGAUGGAUCGCAGGAAUAAAGUCGGAGGUAUUAUGGAUCGGCGUUUUGGUGAGAACGACCCGACCAUGACACCGGAAGAACGAGCCGCGGAACGAUUCGCCAGAGCCAGCCAAAAGAAACUACGCAAAGACUCGAUGUUCAAUCUUGAGGAGGAUGAUGAAGAGGAGUUUACGCUUACGCACAAGGGUGAAUCGCUAUCGUUCGGUGAUGAGGAUGGCAUUCGCGAUGAUUUCCAGGAAGAUUUAGACGCAGGCGACAUGUCAGAUACUGAAAUGCCUCGAAAGAGAAAACGAUUCAUUGACGAUCCCGAAGCCGAGGAGGACGGAUCGCAAGAUGGGGAAGAUGUCCCGGAACGAAAGAAAUCGAAGCACGAAGUCAUGCAGGAGGUCAUCGCCAAAUCCAAGUUUUACAAAGCGCAGCGACAAAUGGCGAAGGAGGACGAUGAUGAAUUACGUGAGGAGCUGGAUAAGGGUCUACCUGAACUCUUUGAUAUGCUCCGAGGAGUGAAACCCCCUCCAAAACAAGAACCGCCAAAGGACGAUCUUGCAGGAAUGAAUCCCGAUCGCGCAGCCAUCAUGCAAGGCCACUCUCAGGGAGACCCAGAAAAGGAGUACGAUCAGCGAUUGAAGCAACUGACUUUCGACAAGCGAUCGAUGCCUACGGACCGUACUAAGACAGAGGAAGAGAAGGCGGAAGAAGAGGCACAACGGUUGAAGAAACUCGAGGAAGAACGGAUUCGCAGAAUGCGUGGUGAAGACGUUAGCGAGGACGAAGCAGAGGCGGCCGAAGAGGAAGAGGACGGCGAAGAGUCUGAGGAGGAAUCUCUCCCGGAUGAUGCAAAAGAUUUCGGGUUGCAGCAGCCUACAAAUUACUCCACAUCUCGGCCAGAGGGUGUUGACGAUGAAGACGAUUUUAUCCUUGACGACCUCGUAGAAACGAGGUCGGACGUCAGCUUAUCGUUUGUCGAAGACGACGAGGAUAUUAUUGGUUCUGAAGAAGAGUCUGAGGAUGAGGAAGAGGAAGACGAGCUCAUUAACGGCAUCACCAUGCCAGGCGAGGAGUCUGGCAAUGAAGCACCAGCUCCUGAUACACAGAUUGCCGGCGAUGGGCUUGCAUAUACAUACCCGUGUCCAAACAGCCAUGAGGAGUUUCUUAAAACAAUCAAGGACAUCUCUUAUGAAGACCUGCCAACCGUUAUCCAGCGGAUCCGAGCUCUGCACCACCCCCGCCUUCACAGUGACAACAAGGUCAAGCUUGGCCGAUUCGCCGGUAUCCUCGUUCAGCACGCCGCAUACAUGGUUGAACAGCCACAACGCCCGCCCUUUGCCGUCGUGGAAAACGUACUGCGUCACAUCCACUCUUUAGCCAAGAGCCAUCCCGAGAGUGUAUCACUGGCAUUCAGGGCCCAGCUGCGCGAAGUCGCAGCAGACCGUCCGCUCAGCCUCCGACCUGGUGACCUUGUCAUCCUCACUGGAAUCGCCACUAUCUUCCCAACCUCGGACCACUUCCACGCUGUAUCUACACCAGCGCAUCUCUGCCUUGCUCGGUAUCUCGGACAAGGGCCCGUCAACUCGCUGUCUGACUUGUGCACGGGCACCUACGCUGCCAGUCUAGCCUUGCAGUACCAGACUAUCUCUAAGCGCUACAUGCCCGAGUUUCUGAACUACGUCCUUAACGCGCUGUGUAUUCUCAGUCCUGGAGAGCCUUCCUCUAAGCUCGGAUCCUUCCCUCUCCGCCAACCGACAGAACUCCUACGUAUCAGACCUUCAAAACCUCUAAACAUCCGCAAACUCCAGUUUUUGGACGUAUCCGCACGAUCAGAAAUAGAUCCAGAGGACCUUAAACUCUCCCUCAUCACAACCCUUUCCUCCCUCCUCAAUACAGCAUCCGAUCUCUGGUCCAGCAAGUCCGCCUCAGUUGAGAUCUUCAACCAAGCACAGGCUGUCCUUCAACACGUCUCGAGUUCCUGCGUCGACGUCAACAAGAAAGCAAAGAAGGCAAAGAAUCCCUUGAUCCCUGCCGCCGCUCUGGACACGCUCCAAUCCACCCUCGACAAGCUCUCCACUGUCCUCUCUCAAUCUCGCCUCACACGCCGGCCACUCCUCUUGCACAACCACAGACCACUUGCUGUCAAAACGGCGAUUCCGAAGUUCGAGGACUCGUUCAACCCUGACAAGCACUACGACCCCAACCGUGAGCGGGCUGAGGUUAACCGGCUCAAGGCGGAGUACAAGCGUGAGCGCAAGGGUGCUAUGCGCGAGCUCCGCAAGGACGCAAACUUCAUUGCCAGGGAGAAGUUGCGGGAGAAGAAGGAGAAGGACGCUGAAUAUGAGCGAAAGUAUAAGAGGCUUGUUGCAGAGGUGCAGAAUGAGGAGGGGAGAGAGGCAAAUGCUUAUGAGAGGGAGAAGAGGAUGCGGCAGGGGAAGAGGUAG